AUGGGCCAGAUUCCGACAGGUGGAUCCGCAUGCUGCACCGAGCACACGGGGCAGCUAUACCCAGAUGAAGUCUCCGGCCAACACCGAUUUGACACAUCACCAUUGCCAACGCCUCCUUCUGCGGUACCGUCAGUGGACUCGAUUCGGUCUCAGUUCUCGGACCGCCGCGAUACCCAGUCAAAAGACGACUCGAUAGCAUCCUCGUUCGCCUGGAACUACCGCAACCGACCGCCCAGCCGACCAAAUCCAAAACUGGGCGUGCAGACUGAUCCGUCAAUGAGCUCCAAAUGCCAGCACGUUCAGACAGCCGGAUAUCCGAUCGACAACAGGGGGCAGCACCAUCAGCCACCGCAGACCAGGGAUGUACCACAUGCACAUGUCCCACCCACGAUUGUGGUUCAUGGCGGGAUCGUGCCUUCAAAACACCCGCUGACACCUGACCUCGAUGCAUUGGUGCGGCGGUCUCUGAAGAAGUCUCUCGAGACUGGCUACAGCAUACUACUCAAUGGCGGUACUGCUGUGCAUGCAGUCGAGGCUGCCGUGCGCACACUCGAAAACAACAAGCUGUUCAGUGCUGGCCGCGGCGCCCCCAUCUCAUCCACAGGCCAUCCUCUGCUGGAUGCUACAAUUUGUGAUGGCCGCAAGCAGCGUGCCGCAUCAGCCGCCUGUGCCUCGACCAUUCCGAAUCCCAAUCGUGCUAGGCGCGCCCAGCUCAUCACCGAGCAUCGAGUUGGUGAAUACAAAGCAUGGCAGGCCAACAGGUUAGGGACGCCAAAGUACUCGCCUGCCCGAGUGCCCGUGCAGGCUGCUGGCCGGCGUGGCAAUUCCAGCGCAUUAGGCUGGUGGCGGGCAGGGAAAUCGAGACAUCUACCCGAGCUGCGCCGUGGCAAGGUUGCUGCUGCUAGCUCUUCGGGCGGGGCUAUUGGGCGCAGGGAGGGCCAGAUCAGCGAGUGUGGAUGCAUUGGCGCCUCGGCGUGGGCCGACAGCCAGGUCGCCAUCAGUGGUGUCAGUACCCAUGACCUGUGUAUCUGUCAGCAGACCGCACACACGAUUGCGCUACGUGCCCGGUACCGCCAGCGCACGCUCGAGUCAGCGGCUGUCGCUGAGGGCGCCUUUGUAGCCAUCGACAAUAUGGGCAAGUUCUCAAUGGUAUUCUCGGCCGAUAGCAUGGUGCGUGGAUUCUGCUCCGUCACGUCUAACCACGAGCCCGUCGUUGCCAUCGGCGCUGGCGAAAGGAUCUCAUCAAGUGACAUUCACCUGGCAUAG